GGCAAUGAAUUUGCACACAUUCAAAUGUUACCAUAUCAGCAAAUGCUCGACUACGAUGAGACCAGACCUGAAUUUCGGCUCAUCGAUGGACCUUCCGUUCGACAAGGUAAAUUGCAAGUGCGAUUCCGUGAUCGAUGGCGAUCUGUUUGCACACAGCUAACCAAGUAUGGAGAAUUUUUUCGUUGA